AUGCAUGUCUGGCGUGUUAAUAUGAAUUAUGAUGGAAUGUCUUUAAUGGCUGAUCCACAUUCUUUGCUUACUGCUCCAAUCGUUAUCGACUCAGAAUUUAUUUGUACAAUGCGGGAAGAUGAGCCCCAACUCGUUGUUGUUCACGGUCCUGGUCUUAAUGUUGUUAAAAUCAAUGCAGAGGCGAGUGCUCCACAAGAACCAAUGGAUCGUUUUUCGGUGCCAGGAUCUGAACUUUCACAUUUUUAUGAUGGAUUUGUUAGUCGAGGAAAUAUGUAUUUUCUCUCUUCAAGUCCCGAUGGACAUUUUGAUCACAGCCGUGUGCAUAUUCUGAAUUUAAGUACUCGUGGUCCUCUCAGUACUCAAUAUAUGAAUGCUGAUCCAUCAAGAGGAUUUCCCCCGCCUCGUAAACAAGCCGCAAUUGAUUCAAUUUCUGGCUUUAUUCUUUUGGCUGGCGGAGAAAUUGAUUAUGGGGAGGGUGGUGUUGUUCGUUUAGUUGAUUAUUGGGUUUUGGAUUUGACGACGUUUAAAUGGAAUCAAGUACCUGCACAAAUGCCUGUGCCUUUAAUUGAGCCAAGAUUAACUACUGCUAAUUCUGGAAAUGUCUAUUUAUGGGGAGAUUUCGACGAGCCUUUGCCUGGAAUGCCACCUACAGGAACUCAUGUCAGAAUUUUGCGCAUUCGAGGAUUGAAUACAACUGCUCCUCCACCUUAUGCCCAAGCGACAGCUUAUCCGGCUCCAAAUCAACAACAAUAUGGAGGUACACCGUACCCGAAUGCUGGAGGAGGCCAUGGUUGGAAUCCUCAGCAAGGGGCAGGGAAUGCACCACCAUAUCCAGGCGCUUCGCCAUAUCCAACCGGCGGUUCGCCUUACCCAACUGGAGCGGCUCCUUAUCCUGCUGGAAGUUCAUCUUAUCCUGCUGGCAAUACUGGAAGUGAAGGAAGUUAUCCACAUUAUCCACCACAAGAAAAGAAGGAAAAGGAUUGUAUUUUGAUGUGA